CCAUAGGCCUAGUUGCUGUACAGUACUACAAAUGUGAAUUAAUUGAUUCGGUAUACUACAUUAAUGGCGACGACAAUGGCAUCGUUCACCUCUGGAGAUUGACUCGGUUAACCUAUAAAACAGUUCAAACAAGUAUUCGGCAACUUCAAUUCAACAGGCAUCUCUACACGGGCCAUCUCACUGCCUGUAGCUACCGCCUGGCUAGCCUGCACCCUGCCCUGCUGCUCGCCGUCAUCGGACAGCCCGCGCGCGCUGAUAUUAAAGACAUGUUCAACAAGGGUGCAUCAGGUGACGGUAAGAAGAGAUGGCGCCUUGGUGGGCCGUAUAUAAGGGGUCAGCAGGGGUCAUCAAACCAAAGAGCAGAGGUCAAGCAAGAGUGGCAUCUCGUCCAGAAUGAAUUGAAGCAGUUUCAACAAAGUUUUGAUGCAGGGACGCAGAACCUGGAAGAACAGUCAGAUCCUACUACAGCUGUAUCAAGGAGUCAUUGGGUGCAGAAUUCCGAUUGUAAUAAUUGCAGCAACAAGACGUGCAAGCGCCCUCUAUGGGCAAUGUCUAAACAUCACUGCAGGAAAUGUGGUCUUAUAUUCUGUGCCAAAUGUCUGCAAUUCAAGAGGCGGCUUUCACCCAAUGCCGAGUAUGAUCCUAACGGAUGGAUGUGCAAGGUUUGUGAGAAAUGUUUUGAUGCCAAAGAACAAGAGAUUGGUCACUCAAGGAGAUGGACGUAUGACCUUCAGUUAUUCCGUGCUGCUCGUCAGAAACGAGACGAUUCCAAACUUACCAGGUCAGUCAUGAGACGAGUUUGUAAGAAUCUUGUUGAAGGUUUCCAGAGGAAUCACUCAUCUAGCACUGCCACACCCCAGUCAGCUGAUGCAUCAUCAGAUGCUAAUGGAGUAGGAUCACAAACUAAGAAUCCAUUCAGUCUGUUCAAACGCAGCGUGUCAAAGGUCGUGAGUCAUGGUGUACCUGACUGGCAGAAGCCCCCAACAUGGGUGAGUGAAGGGAGCAGCUGCCAGUGCUGUAACCGCCCUUAUGGGAAGCUGGAAAGCAAGUUGAAUUGUCGGAUCUGUGGAAAACUUGUCUGCAAGACUCAAUCCUCCAAAGAUCUACUCCUUUAUAGACCAGAUAAAUCAGACCGGGCUGAACUAGGCUCAGAACCACGCUGGGCUAUAAUCAGAGUCAUAGGGAGCCCAGAAGUUGAACCUGAUGACAGUCUUUAUGUACGGUUAUGCCAUCCAUGUAAGGAACAGCUUGAAGCCAUUCAAGUAGAAGACUACCAAAGAGUGACAGAUGAAGGGGCCAUGAUGAACAUCUACCUACAGCAGCUAGUAGACAUCUAUACAGAAAUCAUCAAGAUACAAGCAAAGAUUGAUUCAAGUAUUCCUGAGUUUCAGAAGCUGAUUGACGGUCUUGAGAUCCAGGCAGGUGCGCCAUCCAGUCUUCCUCCCAAUAGAAACAACAUGCAGCUACUUGCUAAACAUCAGGGAGACUUGUCUGAUCACCUAUCUCUGUUUGUUAUUACCAUUGGUCGUUUGAAGAAACUUGAACCACAGAGCAGGCUGCAAGUCAAACUUGUGAAGAAUCUAAUGUCUUGUAAAUUCAGCUUCUGUCAAGAGACUAGCAAUCUUUAUAAACAGCUCAGGAGACAGCUUGGUGAGAUAACUCCUCCAGAGAUUCUACAGGAAAUACAGACCAUAGUAGAUGCAAAGGCCAUCAAUUCAGCUUGUUUAUCCCUCAAUCAGCUGGCCUUUGAAUGUCUUCAUCUCUGUCUCAAACAUCAUCUAGAUCAAUCCUUACCACUCAGCAUCAAACAAUCAGCCGAGAUAUGUGAGUCAGACCUGAAGAAGAAGAUGGAAUCAUCCGAAGAGGAUUGGGAGGAGCAUAGAGAUCAGAUCAGUGCCUUCAUCAAGAUACAGAUCAAGGGUGAUGAGGAAAAUAAUAUCAAGCCCCGCCUUUAUAUCCGUCCCUCUCGUCGUAGAACAAAGAGAGAUGGUGUGCUUUAUGUGGAGGGGUUCAUUAACCGGAGGACAUCGGAAGUCCUGGAGAAGAUUCUAGCCCAGUUGGUGAGCAGGACGGCCGAUCGGAGCUUUAAAUCUACAAAGUCUUUCCUGGAAGAGCUCAGGGGUAGUUUUAUGGAAGAUAAGGAGGAUGACAAGAAUGGUUGGACACUACUGUAGUAAGCAAAUAAUUACAAUUGGUGAAGGUGAUGGGACAAACUAUCACUUCCGAGGCGAUCUGGAUGUAUAGCUAUCUUUCUGAAGUGAAGCU